CAACCCACAAAACGAAAGCCAUCGACACCAAAAUCGCGAAUCUCAUUCUCUUCCUUCUCUUUGGUAUUGCUGAUCCUUCUCUCGCUCUUCUCACCAACACCGCCACAGAGAGAGAGAGAGUGAUUGAACCAGCAGUAGCAAUGCCCGCUCAGAAGCGUUCCUUCAAUGACUCUCUCCACGAUCACCACCGUCACGCCAAGCAACACCAACAGGAAGAGGAAGAACCACAGCAAGAAGAAGAAGAAGAAGAAGAGAACAAUAAAUCAGAGGAUUCUGACCACACCCCUUCUUCUGCCUCUCAAGACAAAUCCGAAUUUGUGUUUGUAGAACUUCUGGAAAUUCGUAAAGAGGUCCAAUGUCCAAUUUGCCUUGGUAUUAUUAAGAAAACACGGACUGUUAUGGAAUGCUUGCACCGGUUUUGCAGGGAAUGCAUUGACAAGUCAAUGCGACUAGGGAACAAUGAAUGCCCUGCUUGUCGUACGCACUGUGCUAGUCGUCGUUCUUUGAGAGAUGAUCCAAACUAUGAUGCCCUAAUUGCAGCUUUAUAUCCAGAUAUUGAGAAGUAUGAGAAAGAGGAGCUUGAGUUUCGUGAAGAGGACAAGAACCGCAAUAUGCUGAUUCAGGCUUCAAUUGCAAGAGUUGUUGAACGACAAUCUGAAGCACUGGUUAAGAGACGUAGAGAUACACCAGGUUCCUUUGUGACAAGAUCACGCCGCAAUCAACGAAAUGUUCUCUCUAGGAGACCAAACCAAGUGAUUGAUAAUCAAGGAUCUGAAGAUAACGAGGAGGAAAACAAUAAUGAAAAGGACUCAUCUUCCGCAGAGGAGCGAUGCACAGAAUUCAGGCAGAGAACGCGGAAGAGGCGGACCAGAGGUCACCCUUCUCAUCCCUCAUCAUCAACUGCUAGUCCUGAUGGUGGAUGCAUGGAAAGUGAUAUGGAUAUAAGUCGAGAAAAUCAAGGAAUUUCUUCUAGGCAGAUGCCAAAACCUCAAAAGCUAACAUGGGGAAGGGGCGGUUUUAGAAGUCACACACGGCAUGGCAGUAGCAAUGGUAGCAAUAGCAAAAGUGCUCGCAGUAGUCGCUUGGCUAAGUUGGUUGAUUAUCUCCGUAACUUGGAUGAAAACGCUGAUGAGUUUGGUGUCCAUCUCAUGCUCUUGUCUUUGGACAAACAAAGUACACCAAAUUUGCAGAAACCACACCUUAUCUGUCGGCCAACAUUGUCUGUGAAGCACCUUUGUGAAUAUGUUGCUAGUCAGACGCCUCUGCCAGUUGAAGAAGUUGAGAUAUUGGCAGUUAAAGGAUGCAACAGUACAUUUUGUAACAAGUCAGUUGAUGAGGCUUCAUCAUUCUCUGAUGAGCUAACAACGCUGGUUAUAGAUCCUAGCAAAGAUGAACUGGAAACUUUGCAAGGGCAUGAAUCUUUGGCAGGGCUUAAAUCCAAAAGCAUAUCUAAAAAGGAGCAUUUGAUUCUGGCAUACAGGCGGAAGGAAUGAGCUCACAGUUUUGAAAUUUAUGAAUGCCAAGACUUCUGUAUAGGAAAAUUUUCAGCUAAAAAACUAUAUAUAAACUAAUAGUUUGAACAUCCCGAAAAGGUAUAGACAGUUUUGAUGUCAGAACUUGCUCCCUAUGUGUACAUAGGAAAAAGUUUCAUCCCAAAAACUACAGUUAUUUCUUUCUCUCUCCAAGAGUAAAUCUACAAGUCUCUAUAUAAAAAUAUAUGCCCAGAGAGCAUCAACAUUGUUCUCUACGGAAAAAUUGAGUUUUACGGUUC